UGCUUUGCACCGUAUGCGCCGACGCAAGUCCCCACGGCGUUGGAGCUAGGCUAGCUAACGUUAAGCAUUCUAACCGGACAUGUUGAGCCAAUCCUGCCCUAAACAAACAGCACAAUAACCGGGUGACUUGGGUGAACCGGGUUAACACCCGCAACGUCGGGCAGCCAUGGAAGCCGUUAACGCCUUUAACCAAGAGUUGUUUUCUCUGAUGGACGCCAAGCCACCCAUCUCUCGGGCCAAGAUGGUCUCCAUCACCAAGUCUGCCAUAAAAGCAAUGAAGCUGUACAAGCAUGUGGUUCAGAUUGUCGAAAAGUUUGUCAAAAAGUGCAAACCAGAGUACAAGGUAUCUGGCCUCUACGUGGUGGACUCCAUAGUGAGGCAGUCCAGGCACCAGUUUGGAGCCGACAAGGACGUGUUUGGGCCCAGGUUCACCAAGAACAUCAACGGAACGUUUGACAACCUCUGCCUCUGCCCAAUGGAGGAUAGGAGCAAACUGGUGCGGGUGCUCAACCUGUGGCAGAAGAACGGAGUGUUUAAGAUAGAGAUCAUACAGCCUCUCCUGGCCAAGGCCACUGGAUCUGCCAGCGGGACUUCCAGCUUUCUGAGCAUGGACGACCCAGGCUCUCCUCCGUCUCCGAUCAAAGAACCCAUGGUUCCCGUGGUGGAACGCUCCACCAUAGCGACCAUCCCUCAGCUGCCAAACUCUGAUGCCUUGGCCGCCGUGGCCCAACUCUUUCAGUCCUCAGAGGGACAACAGCUUCAACAGAUGCUCCAGAACUUUCAGCAGCAGCCUUUGAAGCCCCCGAUGGAGAAUCGCACACAGCCUGCACCCCCCCAACCCCACCUUCAGGUCCAGUCUCAGACCCACCUCCAGGCUCACCUCCAGGCUCACCUCCAACCUCAACUCCAGGCCCAUCCACAACCCCACCUCCAGGCCCACCACCAACCUCAACUCCAGGCCCAACCCCAACCCAACCUACAGCCCGAGCCCCACUUACCGGUCCAGCCACAAUCCCAUCUGCCGACCCUGCCACAACCCUACCAACAGGCCCACCUCCAGGCCCAGCCUCAGCCCCACCUCCAGGCCCAGCCUCAGCCCCACCUCCAGGCCCAGCCUCAGCCCCACCUCCAGGCCCAGCCUCAGCCCCACCUCCAGGCCCAGGCCCAGCCUCAGCCCCACCUCCAGGCCCAGCCUCAGCCCCACCUCCAGGCCCAGGCCCAGCCUCAGCCCCACCUCCAGGCCCAGCCUCAGCCCCACCUCCAGGCCCAGCCGCAGCCUCAGCUCCAGGCCCAUAACUUCCUUCCCGGUCUGGGCAUGGGUGCCCUGCAUCCUCCUCUGUCCACCCAGACGGCCCAGCAGAAGGCAGCCUUCGACAGGAAACUACUGGACCGCUUCGACUAUGAUGACGAGCCAGAUGCUGGGGAAGAAACCAAAAAAGAAGAGGCCUUGUCAUCCCCGCCUUCAAGUAUCCAGCAGCCCGGAGGCUUCCACCAGAACAUGGAACGCUUCUCAUCACAGAUGAUGGGCACCACGCAAGAUCCAUCACAGCAGGCUCAGCUUCCCAAUGGGCAGCUCCUGGGAUACGGCAUGCCACCAGGGCGCCUCUUACCAGGGAUGAUGUCUCCUAUGGGGCGGGCCGCAUCUGGUCAUCCCAUGCCUGGCUCUGCUGGGGCUCCGGGCUUUCCAGGGGGGGCAUAUCCAUCCCAUAAUGCAGCGCCACAGCAGGACAUGGAAGUGGAGCGAUCUGGCUUCAGGGAAAGCCGCCACGGCCGCAGGUCCCUCUCUGGCUCCAGGUCUCCCAAGAGGAGAUGCUCUCGCUCCACCUCCCGCACGCGACGUUCCCGACACCGGCGCUCGCGCUCCAGGGACCGGCGUCCCCACUCCCCCCACUCCCGCUCGGCGGAGCGCCAGGAGCGGGAGAAGGAGCGCGAGCGGCGGCAGAAAGGCCUCCCGCCGCCCAUCGCCGACACCCUGAGCGUGUGCAGCACCACUCUGUGGGUGGGCCAGCUGGACAAGAGGACCCAACAGCAGGACGUGGCCUGUCUGCUGGAGGAGUUCGGACCCAUCGACUCCAUCAACAUGAUCCCGCCCCGUGGCUGUGCCUACAUCGUCAUGGUGGAGCGACAGGACGCCUACAGGGCCCUGCAGAAACUUGGAAGAGGCAACCACAAGGUCAACCAGAAGGCCAUUAAGAUCGCGUGGGCUUUGAACAAAGGCAUCAAGCCGGACCUGAAGCCCCUCUGGGAUGUGGAGCUGGGGGUCACCUACAUACCCUGGGCCAAGAUCAGGGAGGACCAGCUCGAGGACAUCCAGGAAGGGGGCGUGCUGGACGUCGACACACUAUCCCCAGAGUGGAAAGGAGCGACGAGCCUGGAGCCGCAGGGAGAGCUCCCUCACAACGGGCGCUCUGAGCCUGCUCAGAACCAGGACGCAUCGGCUCCACCGGCUCACCCGCCCCAGGGUCCCCCGGGGCAGCUGGCGAUGGUGGGCCCCGGUUCCUUGCAGCCGCCGGGCUAUCCUGGGCCCAUGGGCAUGCCGCCGCCCUCCUUCCCACCCGGCGUCCCCCCGCCGCCCUUCAUCAGACCCGGGUUCAACCGCAUGCAGAUGCCCACAGGUUACCCCCAUGCAGGUGGGAUGCCUCUAGGACCGCCUCCCCCUGGGCAAGGGGUCGAGGACCUCUCCAUGGACCCAGCUGGACUGGCCAAUAGGAACGGUGACGAGAGGCCGGAGGGGCCGCACCCGUAUAACAACCAGAUGGGACCCAUGGGUCCCCAGGGGAGCGGACCACCGGGAACCCUCCCCCCUAUCGGGGGGCUGCUGGGGGCCCGGCCCGGCAUCAUACCCCUCCAACGCCCCCCGGGUCUCCCCCCGCCCCACAUGCAGCGGUUCCCUCCCCCCCACGGCCCGAGACCCCUCCAUCCCAACAUGCCCCCCAUGCUGCCCCAGAUGCUGCCCCGGGGGCCCCACAUGCCCAUGAUGCGCCACGACCUGCCCCCGCCCCUCCCGGGAGGCUUCGGGAUGAUGCCGCCCCACAUCAUGAGGGGACCCUUCCCCCCGCACGGCCCCCCCCACGGCCCCCCUCCCCCGCCGGGGCUCCCUCCUCCGCCCCCGUUUGUCCGACCGGCGGGGCUCCCGCCCGGGGCAGAGGAGCCGGACGACGGGCCCUUCAGGGGCGGCCGGCCCGGGUUCAGGGAGCCGGAGGCUGAGUGGGAGCGGGAGAGGGAGCGGGGCUUCGGAGCGGGGAGGCGUCCGUUCGACGGCGGCCGGGGGCCCGAAGGGGAGAGGGCGGGCGACGGGAGGGAGCGUCUCGGCGGCUGGCAGGAAGAAGGGGGCAACGCCAGGGGAGGAGGCUGGGAUAGGGACCGGGAGAGGGAACGGGACGGAGAGCGAGAUAGGGACAGGGACAGGGAUCGUAACAGGGAUCGAGAGAGGCCCCGGGAUCCGGAGAGGGUCAGGGAUCCGGAGAGGGUCAGGGAUCCAGAGAGGCCCAGAGAUCCAGAAAGGCCUAGGGAUCCGGAGAGGGUCAGGGAUCCGGAUCGGCCCAGGGAUCCGGAUCGGCCCAGAGAUCCCGAGAGGCCCAGGGAUCCCGAGAGGCCCAGGGAUCCCGAGAGGCCCAGGGAUCCCGAGAGGGAACGGGAUCGGGACCGGGACCGGGAGCGUCAUGACCGGAGAGAGAGGCGGGGCAGCCCGGAGGCGGACCGGGACCGUGGGCGGGGCGAGGACGGAGAGCGGGAACGCGGGCGGGGCGAAGGAGGAGAAAGGGGGAGGGGAGAGAGGAGAGGAUCGGAGAACAAAGACAAGGACAGGCCGCGGCGGUCCGAAAAAAGAGAAAGAAGUUCACGCUGGGACAACGACGAUCGGCUGGCUGAACUGGAAAACAUGGCCGUCCUCCGUAACUCUGAGAGCGCAGAACCUGCUGCUGCUGCUGUGGCUGCUGCUGUGGCUGUGGAACUCCCCGGGAAACCCAGCGAGCAGUUGGUUAGUGAACCCUCUGAGCAAAAGACACAAUCAGAACCUUGUGACGCUCGAGUUCCAGCCCCUUCAGAGCCUUCUCAAAGUGACAGCACAUAGGCCACAGAGGAAUCACAUGCGGACCUACUUCCAAGCCAUUUUCCCUGCUAAGAUCUAAUGGUUAAAGACAGACAAUAUUUGACAAUUCUGACUCCCAAGCCCUGACAAAAUAUUCAAUAGACAUCAAAUGGAGAGGCCUGGAGAGAUUGGUAUGGUGGUCGUUUAAAUGUUUUAGGCAGAGGAGAACGACAGAAGUAGUAUUGAUUUGUAGGCAAAACUGGUUUACAUGCUGCAUUACCCUUUGUUGAAUUUCAUGGUCUUCAUUUUUGAACCAAGUGGUGGUGAUGUCAAUUAGAUUGAAAAGCGACCGAUUUAGAAAUAAGCUGUCAGAAAUAGGGACACAUUUACAUUUAGCAGACGCCUUGAUCUAAAGUGACUCCAAAUUAGUACAUUCUGACCCGAAGUGGGUCGGAGUGCACUUCCUAUUUCAUUCGGAGUAUGAAGCAACUCGUGGAAUGCAUGCAUGUCAGUUCCCCCACUAUUUGAGGUUUCUGAAAUGUCAGCGAUUUCAGGCUAUCUGAUAUGUUUAAUGUGGACAUUGAGUUACACAACACAUGUUUGUUUUUGUUUUUUCAAGUGUGUCUUGCAUUCACUGUAUCCCAUUUUCAUCUUAUUCUUGUUGUAUUCUGGUAACCACUCACACUGCUGUAUUGUAAACACAAAUUACAAGCAAAUAGUGUGGCAUUGGAAAUGAACAAAACCCUUCACGUUUUAAUAUUAGGUUCAAAUGAAGUAAAGAAAAAAACGAUCAUCUUUGUAUUUGUUAUUUUUUUAUGAAUUGUUUUAUAAAUGUUUGGCAUCCCACAUGUCAUGUUCUCUGCUGUCACAUUACAAACGCAUCAUUGUGUGCACUUGUUCAUCCUUUUUGAAUGGUCAUACCUGACACUACACAGUGCAAUGUUCCAUUUCAAUUACAUUUCCUGUCACAGUGUGGAUGAAAUUGUAGUUCGUAACUGUCCUGUGAAGUGCAGCUGCUAAAGUGUUCCAGCAUCAAGAAUAUUUCCACUUGUAGUGAAAAUUCAGGGUUAGAAAGACAAUGUUGAGUUUAGGAGUGAAUCACAUUUCUUGGCUCUCACUCCAAGGAUAUGCAUAGACAUUUAUAUCUACUGCAUCUUGAAGAAUAACUCAUCCAUAAUAUUAUCAGAUAGACAGUCCACUACCGAGUUGGGUAGUUCCAAAAAAAUGUCAGAUGAACAUAUGUACUGUAAUUGGCAAGAAUUUGCUAAUACUUAAGGUAUUCCCCAUGCCUUUAACACUUUUUUUUAAACCGAAUAAGUUGGAAAACUGCUGUGUAUAUGCUUUGAUCUCACAAACUAUGUUUGAAAGUCGCAAAUACAAAAACAUACACCGGCCCUUUGCUUUCAUGUUUUUAAUCGGUUUCUGAUUUUGAAAGUUGAGAUGUUUCUAUGAUUGGAAAUUAACAAUAAAACAUAGACAUGAAAUCUACAGUA